GAGUAGUACAAAGCACUAGUGCUUGUAGACAUGUGUUUAAAUGUGACUAUAAGCCAAGGUGGGGAAAUUUGGGAACCUAUCUCUAAAAUUGAUAUAUUGAACAUUUCUAUUAGUGAUAUUAGUACUAAGUUUAGAGUGCAAUUUUUGACAUGCUGCCUGCAAUGAAAGCACUAUGUGUGGUGUAGAAGUGCUUUAAAUUAUGCUGCAGGCAAUCUGUUACUGUUCAUUUUUCUGCUUUUUGUCUGCUUGACCACUUUUGCUGCUUUUGCUUUACACCUCAACUGUCUUCUACCUUUGAAGUUUUGUGAUCUGUCCGAUACCAUUAAGUCCUUCAUUUUCUUUAUGCAUACUUGCUUCAGUUUUCUUUGCAUUCAAAUUUCAGUUAGCUUUUUUUUCUUCUAUUUAUUGGGACAUUCUUAAAGGGGAUUUUAAAGGAAACGCACCUUGCAACUGUAACAUCAGGCAUCAAUGAGAAUUCUUCAAAGCCUCAAGUAGCAGCAGCUGAUGCUCCCCAUACUGCUCGUGCAGGAUCACCUCGUUGCUUAAACAUUGCAGGCAUUGAAAAUUUUAAGGAACUUCAGGGUGCUCUGCCUCGAGCCUGGAGCUUACCACAAUUAACUGAAGUUAUCAGACCUGGUUUGGAACCUCCAUUGCUACAGCAGGCUGCCUUUGAUGAACUUGUUUAUGAAGUAGACAUAAUGCGCAAUAUGGCAACUCGUCAUACCCAAGAUGAAAAAGAAGCACAAGACAAGGAGGCAAUACGCAGGCCAAGUCUACCUAUAUUGUCUCUGAAUUCAUUGGAUCAAAGUGAACCAGCAAAGCCAGCUCCAGGUGUAGAUGAAAUAUCUGCUGCAAUUCCUCACAGCAGUAGUGGCAACAACAAUAUGCCAGUAGCACCCCAGCAGACUUUAUUAAAUGCGGGAAAACCUCCUGUUCAGGAAAGCCAAUCGAAGAAGUCAGAAGAUUUGCCUGAUAAUGAAGAGGAAGUUGUAGAAGAGGAAGAGGAGGAGGAGGAGGAGGAGGAAGAUGAGGAGGAAGGAGAUGAGGAUGACGAGGAAGAUUAUGAUGAGGUAGAGAAAAGACUUGAGCCUGUAGCAGGAAGAUUAGAAAUACGUGUUGUAGACAGGGGUGCAAGUGAUAGGCCAUUAAGUGCAAGUGAUCAGUUAGUCAAUGGAGGCAUUGGAACGAUACCUGGUCGGGCCAGCAGUGCUAGUCCAAGCAUAGGACUCCGACCGUCUUCAGCACCAGCUCAGGUAUCCCAACCUCAUGUCAUCAGACCACAACCACCUUUACCGGAUGGUGUUAGAGUGGUUCGAGGUCUUGCUAAUGGUGGUGGAAGCCCUGUUAGUCCAGGAGCUGGACUUGACGAUCCUUCUAUAUACUUUGAUGCUGCGGAAGAACAUGCUGGGGGGGAUGGCAAACCUCGGUCUCUCACAACACAUGUGAACAACAAUGUACGUGGAUCACCUGAUACAGCUAACCAGGCGAGCUCUAGUGAUAGUGCAACCACAGGAUCAUCUGCCCCUGUUAUGAGGAGAGCCACCCAGAACUUACCACCUGUGGUGGAAACAUGCCCUCCAUCAAUGGGUACGGAAGGGCAGCAUCUACCCCCUGGACGAGUUGUUAGGCGACAUUCCAGUCACUCAAGUAUAACUGGCGGUGGAAGUGCCAGCAGUAGUAGUAGCAUGGCAGCUGCAGUCAAAGGAAGUAAAAUACCUGUUCCUGUCAGUAGGAGCCCAAGGACCUCCCUUGUCCUGGGUGAUCAAAGUUGGUAUGGAGAUGAAGAUCGAGUUACUCGACGAUUGAGCCAACUUAUCAUUGGGACAGGAGCCACUGAUGAAGCACCCAAUGAUCCAGACCAACUUCAUGACCCAUCACAUGCUUCCAUGUCUGCCCCCUUACGACGUUGUCAGACAGUUCCUGAUGCAAGAUCUUCAAAUAACAACUCAUCAGCCGAAGAUGAGCAAGCUUUGACAGGGUGCACACCCGGUUUACGUAAAAGACGCGAACGUGCUGAGAAAUAUGUGACUGACCAGUCACAGCUCAAUUUACAGUUCAGUCGACCUCAUAGGCAUCGUCAGAGGCCUGUCUCAGAAGUUAUGGGUGCAUCAGUUCAGACCACGUCCCCGUCUGCCACUCAGCAACAGAGGCAAAGGGUUAGUGUUCCCUUAAGUACUACAAAUACCGGCAACCGCGAGUCACAUGGCAUUCCAAGCCAUCUUCUAGGCCCCUUCCCUGGCCAUCAAUAUUCAUCAGAUUCUUCUGAUUCAUCUGGAGAAAAUGCUCCUGCAAGCGGAGCACCGCAACCAUAUCCACCUCCUCUCAGCGAUCUGCCUAAUAAACCCUCCGAAAAUAAUGCAAGGUGUCGUCGUUUCCAUCCUGUGAUAAAUGAUGGUUCAACUUAUGAUACGUGAAUCGUACUUUUAUGGGGAGCAAAGUUUAAAACCAAACCAAAGAACUUGAGCACAGUACUUACUAAUUAUAAGUAUCUUAGCUUUAAAUAUUAAAUAUAGUGUGGUGCUAAAGAAGAAUGAAAAGUGUUGGAUGUGUAGUAAGUUUCUAACUGAUGAGAUACUACAAAGACAAAUCACCAGUAGAAAUCUCAUCUGAAGUAUAUAAAAGACUCAAGAGUUUUUGGAAGAAGAAGGAAAGCUGAAAGCUUAAGAACAGUUGGGUUUUUUCUCCCUCUUGGUUAAUGUUCUCACCAAGCUUCCAGUUACAUCAGAGAUUUUAUUUACUUCAUUGGACUUUAUGUAAUUCUCUAAAGUGAUAUUAUUUAUACCUUCUGGCUGGAAGAAGUGGUUUAACAAAGCAAUUAGUGUUUUCACAUUGCUGAUGGCAAUAGGAUAUUCAAUCAGAAUUUUUUAGAGUGUUAAGCAGGAUAUUUAACAACCAGUGUAGAUGUGAAUGUACAACUUAUCUCUAAGUAGCUAUAGCGUCUAAAAAACAGCACUCGUGAUUCUCUCUGGUUUUCGGCAAGUUUAAUUCUGAAGUCUCCUAUUUUAGAUUGUUUCACAAAUUAUACCACCAAGUGGCCACACCUGCAAACUAUGCUUUGUCAACUGUGCUGAUGAUCGAGCGUGCUGUACACAAUGUUAUUAAAUCAGCUGCACGAGAGAAAUGAAGUUCUGUAAUACAUAAAGAUGGAGGCAGUUAAAAAUAACUCAGGUGAAGAAUUCCAUAACGUAAUUUAGAGUAUAUCUGAAAAGUUAGGCGCUUGCAUUCAUUGUGUUUGAACUCCCACGUACAUUGUGUUGGUAAUACAACCACAUCAGAAAGGAAAAUUUUGUAAUCACAUCCUCAAACUGGGUGCGCAAUUCUUCUUCUGUUUGAUUUUUAUAUGCCUUCACCCUAUGCCAAAAUUUCAACUCUAUGUAGUCGUGAACCACUUUGGAUGUGCUUCAUAUUCAGCAAUAACAUUGGGGGAGUUUAUGGGAAAUUUCGGUAAUGGAAUUGAAGACUUAUUGUGUACUAUCAAGCGUACCAUGAUAUUUGAACAAUCAGCAUUUUGUGUAGGUCCGGGCUAAUUGAUGGUGUUGCUUCAAUAGUUUUAUCUGGCUUGGGAGCAUUUACUAUCUCAAAGGCUUGGCUUAACAUGAUAAAAUGCAUCAGCUAAAACAUGAAUAUUUGCAGUCAGACAUGUAUAUGUCAUACAUUUAUUUCAAUAUUGGAUGAAUUAUGUGAUGAUUUGUGUUGUUUGUAAUUAUUUUUGUAACCAAAGUCAACUUUUUAUACCUGCGAUGUUUAUUUAUUUACCUAUUUAUUUAUUUUAUUUUAUUUUAUUUUAUUUAGCAGAAUACUCAGCAUGUACUAAUCACAGUCUAACGCUACAAUUAUUUCUGACUCCUCAUAACUUGUUUAGAGCACUGAAGUAAUCUCUCAAUCUCUUCUUUUGCACUAUGAUGUACUGAAUAUGUAUUUAAUGUGAAUCGUUCUAUUGGCAUGGUGCAAUACAUCUAUAGGAAAUAGAUUCUAUUUUAUCUUUAAUUCAAGAAUGUGGCCAACUGCUGUAGGAAUUGAACCUUGCCCUCAGUUCUCUUCCUAGAUGUAUUUUAACUCAAUUAUGGGCAUAAGUUUGGUUUUUAUUACCUCGUGAUUAAGAAUGAAUAAGAAUAUUUUAGCUCCUAUCAUAUAUUCUAAAAAAGAUAGGAGUUACUGCGAAGAAGGAAAGAGAGGUCCAUUUUCUCUGGGUGGUUUAUUUUUAUGCCUAUGUGUUUGUAAGGCGCUUUUCUGUGCCAUACAUUCCUCAGUUACUGCUCAAUUCCACAUGUCUUCAUUGUAAUAUGUACUUUGAAUAUUUCAUUACAUUGAAUUGGCUUUUUGUUAUCCGUCGGAAUACAUACUGUGUACUUUCUUCUAUAACUUAAAAGGACAUAGUGAAAGAAAUUUAAGUAUUCUUAUGGCUGC